AUGGCCAUGGUUCUCAUCAACUCCCGGCUGCCUUUCUUCCAGCUUGUGAAGUUACGGAAACUUGGACUUAGUGAUAAUGAAAUCCAGCGACUGCCUCCAGAAAUAGCAAAUUUCAUGCAGCUGGUGGAACUUGAUUUGUCUCGAAAUGAUAUUCCUGAAAUACCAGAAAGCAUCUCAUUCUGCAGAGCACUACAGGUAGCAGAUUUCAGUGGGAAUCCACUGACUAGGUUGCCCGAAAGCUUUCCUGAGUUACAGAAUCUAACGUGUCUUUCAGUAAAUGACAUCUCUCUGCAAGCACUACCUGAAAACAUUGGGAAUCUUUAUAACCUGGCUUCACUGGAACUUAGAGAAAAUUUGCUGACAUAUUUACCUGAAUCACUUGCCCAGCUGCAGCGACUAGAAGAACUUGAUUUAGGAAACAAUGAACUUUAUCACUUGCCAGAAACAAUUGGUGCACUUUUCAAUCUUAAAGACCUCUGGUUGGAUGGAAACCAAUUAGCCGAAAUACCUCAGGAAGUAGGAAACCUGAAAAACCUGCUUUGUCUGGAUGUUUCUGAAAAUAAGUUGGAAUGCCUUCCUGAAGAAAUUAGUGGUCUGACUUCUUUAACAGACCUGCUUGUUUCUCAGAAUUUACUUCAGGUCUUGCCUGAUGGCAUUGGAAAAUUGAGGAGGCUCUCCAUUUUGAAGGUUGAUCAGAACAAACUUAUUCAACUAACAGAUUCAAUUGGAGACUGCGAAAGCCUUACUGAACUAGUUCUAACAGAAAACCAACUGCAGUCAUUGCCGAAGAGCAUUGGAAAACUGAAGAAGCUGAACAAUUUGAAUGCUGAUAGAAACAAAUUAACAUCUUUGCCCAAAGAGAUUGGGGGGUGCUGCAGUCUUAACGUCUUUUCUGUACGUGACAACAGAUUAUCUCGAAUUCCCUCUGAAAUUUCACAAGCCACUGAACUUCAUGUCCUGGAUGUUGCCGGAAACAGGCUGACAUAUCUUCCCCUCUCACUGACUACUUUAAAGCUGAAGGCUUUGUGGUUGUCUGAUAACCAGUCCCAACCUUUGCUGACGUUUCAGACUGAUACAGACCCUGAAACAGGAGAAAAGAUUUUAACGUGUGUAUUACUUCCUCAAAUGCCUUCUGAGCCUGGUUGCCAAGAUAACCUACCACGAUGUGGUGCACUGGAGAGUUUGGUAAAUGAAAUGUCAGAUGAAACAUGGAAUGAGCGGGCAGUGAAUAGAGUCAGUGCAAUUCGCUUCUUAGAAGAUGAAAAAGAUGAAGAGGAUAAUGAAAUGAGAACACUUCUAAGGCGAGCCACUCCACACCCUGGAGAAUUAAAGAACAUGAAAAAGACAGUGGAGAAUUUACGGAAUGAUAUGAAUGCUGCUAAAGGACUGGAUUCAAACAAAAACGAGGUCAAUAAUGCCAUUGACAGAGUGACCACUUCUGUGUAGAGUUUCAUCUCCAGGUUUUACCUCCUGUGUCUUCCCCUGCUGUUGAAAUGUUCCUGUCGUCUUCUGGGACCUCACUGAGCCCCUCUUUGUUUUUAACCAGAACCUGAUUCAUCAUCUCCAUAUAUGUGAAAAGUGCUGCCCACUGGAAGAAAGUGCCUUAUUUCAUCCAGGCAGUGAACCAAUAAUUUCCAAAUCAAUAGUGUAAUUUUAAUAGUGCUAGGCUUUUUUAAGUAUAAUACACUACUGUAUGCAGAAUACAAUAUUUUUGUCUUAAACACAGGGGAAAUAACGCUUUUCUUUUCCAGAGUGCUGGGAUAUCUUUUUCCCAGUGGCUGGAUGUGCUGGUGAGAAAUAUAGUUUUGUGGAAAAUUGAUACACUUUUUUAUUUUUUUGGCAGCUCAGAUGGUGUAAAUUUUAAAUUUUUGUAUAGGACUUUCAUAACAAAAUGAUGUAUUUCAUUUUUAAGAGAAAAUUUAUCUUGAGCGGUACAUAUUUUAGUAUUUGUGGAAGAGAACAAGUUUCAUGGACAACUGUAUUCAUUUGUUUGUACCACCCAUUGUGCCUUAUUGUGUCUUGUAUGUCAUAUUAGUCUUAAAUAUAGCAAUUCUAUCGAAAGUGAGUCGAUUUAAAGUUGGUCUCCUGUUCUAGAUAUGUUUUUCUUUUCGGACAGUAAUUUGUUGGGAUUUUUGCAGCAGAGGACUUGAUGUUUAUAUCAUGGGAUUUCAGGUCGUGAAGCACAAAUGUUAGUUUUGUUGUAAACAGAAUUAAGAUUAAAAUGACCAAACUGCUAUUGUUUAUUACAUGAUGCACUCACACUUUAACUUAGUUGUAAUGAAAUACAUUGGUUUGGAUGCCAUGUUGCAUUGCAGUCACUAGAAAUUCAUGCUUCCGUUGUUUUUUUUUUUUAAAUGUGCCAUCUGUAAAAUAACUUGAAAAAGCGCACGAUAGACUUUCAGAAGCACAGUAUGAAACUAGUUUUAUGUAUUACACAAGAAAGCAUGAUUCUUUAAAGUGCUUUGGUGGUUUUAUAUAAAUAUAUAAAACCAUAAUAAAAAAAAUCUUUAAAAGCUUCA